UAUCAAUUUCAGUUAUUUUGCGGUUUUUGRCAAACUCAUACAUAUGCGCGCGUUAGAUUUUKCGUUCGAGCGCGCURGCUAUCAAACGGCAAUACAAACGCGCGCACACAUACUCACACGCAGCGCUAAGCUGCGCGCGCACCAAACGAUUUCUGGUCGUCAUUUCUAUGACACUAAGACAAAGCUACAACGGCUAAGCUUAAAAUGUUUCAUACUGCGCACAAAGUCUACGCAGUUAGACGAUUACGCACACCACUUUAACGMAAAUAGCGCAUCGCGUAUUCGGUCAUAGCUGGCGUUCGUCGRAAUUCUACAUUAGUUUCAUAGCGCUGAAACGCUCGGUUGCGUGUUCGUGCUGUCGUUCGCUAACUSGCRCGAUCUUUGYUCCAACUGUCAGCGCUGUGCACGAAGCGCCACUAAGCGCCGCUCUAUAGCCAUACAGCGCACUARCUCACUASUUAUCAAACUUAAGCCGCGCCUAGCCUACUCGCCCAUAUACACAGAAUAUAURGAUAUUGCGCGGCGUUCAAACGGUUCCGUCGAAGCGGUGUGAUAGUUCAAUUGCGAUUUCAAAUGUUUCGUUGUGUUUUAUCGUGUAACGGCAAAUAAAUAAAUUAUUGAAAGCAAUACAAGCAAAAGUUAUAUAGUAUACUUAGAAAAAGAUCUUAACCUCCACGCAUUCCGAAAUAAAGUUUAACUAAAAAUAAUUGUGAUUUUUAAUUUGUGUGCUCCCCUCUUUAUAUAAUAUAUAAAAUACAAAUUUUUAAGUGUUGAGAAAAAAGUUCAACGAAAUUGUUUKUGUGCUGCUAAAUAUGUGAUAAUGRAUGUGAUUUUCAUUAAAUUCCAUAUAAGAAAGUUAUUGUCACUACAGAAGAAGGAAUUGUGGAUUUUAACUUUUUUGCAAGUGUGUUAAAUUGUGUGUGAAUACCCUUUGGAGGUGGUUGGCUGUAGUCGAAGUGCAGUAGAGCAUCAGCAGUAGCAGCAGAAAAAUUACAACAACAACAGCAACAAAAACAAGCAUUUAACGWAUUUACAACGCAAACUACGAGAUUACUAAAUACUUUGGAUACUUUUUAUAUGCUUAGGUGGAAGCAGCGAGAACUUGAAGAGGAACUUAUGGAGUGAAUUAAGAUUGCAACAUUAACAAAGAAAAUAUUGCAAAAAAACCAACAAAAACCAAGGUAUUGCAAGUAUAAAACAAAGCAGAGGAGUGUGUACAAUUAAAUUAUGUGAAAAAAUUUGCAAUGACAUACAUACAAGCACACACACACACACACAAACACAUGAAUGUGUGCAUGCGAUGUAAGAUGAACGGCAGUGACUAAAACGUGUUGUCAAAUUGCAUGCAACUUGUUGUAAGCGACACCGCAGCGGCUURGAUUACAUGAACAAAGCAACGUUGCCAAACAACAACAAUAAUAAGAACAACGGUAGCAACAAUUUCGUGGUAUCAAAGAGCCACAAAGGUGCCGAAASUUCUAGAACAAAUGACAACAACAACAACAACAAAACGAAGCAACAACCACACCAACUAAGCAGUAACUGUAAAAGCGAAUAGUAGAACUAAAUUCAGUGUCAUCGGCAGCAAUUGUCGCGUUUGCGUCAUAAGUCGGCGAACAACAAGAGCAAUAACAACAGGAAGAAUAUAAGAAAAGAAAUAUUGACCAAUAAGCCAGCCAAUGAGCCAAAGCCACCAUUUGAGCUGCAAUCACACAUUUACUGUAAACAACAACAACAAUAAGUGCAUARUAGAGUUGCCAUCAAGCGCGCAAUAAGUAGUGCAUAGAACUGCUUGCAUUCUGCAAACGCUGCAACCAACUGUCGCUGUCUCGCUCACACACGCACACUCGCACUCUCGCUCGUACGCUSACUGUCUCUCUCUCUCGUCCGUUCUACAAAUUGAUUGAACAGUCUAAAUGUUGUUGCCGUCAUCAGCGUURACAGCACAUUUGCCAAGAGUUGAGCGUUUAGUGCCAGAAACGUCAGCGACGCCGGCGGCACUGUCACCCAGCAGCAGCGCAGCCAACAGCAGAUUGUGCCAAACCAUUGCGACGACGACAGCCGAAGAAGUUGCAGUUGAAAAAGUGCUGUUUUUACGACAAGUCCGGCUUAAUCAGUUUCCGCACCCGUACCAACAACARCAACAUUUGAAGCGGCGGCAACAUCGGCGGCAAGCGACACCGCAUAAAUCUCGACAUCAUCGAUAUUUCAUUAGUUUCCGCAACACCGACGCAUUGUGUGCAAUUAGUCGAGGCAACGCAACCUAAGCGACAACUUUGGGUAGCAAAGCAAGUCAAAAGAGUUGAAAGCGACCAUGCGCGCAUGGCUUCUACUCCUCGCAGUGCUGGCGACUUUUCAACCGAUCGUUCAAGUUGCUAGCACCGAGGAUAUUACUUCGAGUUUCAUACAGGCGAUAUCCCCGUCAAUAAUAGAAGAAGAACAAUACCAACAACAACUGGAGCUGCAGCAGCAAGACUUAUUUGAAUUGGCGAAGCAACGCGACACACGUACAAUAUACAACARUAAUAAUAAUAAAAACAAUAAAAACAACAAUAAUAAAAACAAUAACAAUAGUGUGCAACAAUUAGUGACGGCAAGCAGCCAAUUAACGGCAAUAAGCCCUGUAAUCGAUAUAACAGCGUUAUCGGUGACCAAAAGAACACAAAGUGCAACAACAACAAAAGCAAAAACAGCGAUCGCUACGAUCUUUAGCUACAAUCGGCGCAGUGAUAGUGAUAAUUAUACAAAUAACGGUAAUCAAUUAAAUCAAUUUAGUGCAAAGGAUAUUCAAGCAAACGGAAGUGGUGCAACAAACAGUGACGCAACAACAGCAAUUGUUGUUGCAGUGCCAGAGAAGAAAAAACAAAAAAUCAAUAAACAAAUUACAAAAACAAAUCAAAAGCACAACGAAGUGAACGAUAAGCAUAAUAAUUUAAUAGAAAUUACGCGAAACAAAAACAACAACAACAACGCCAACCGCGCAGUGCAAGUGCAACAAUUAGCAAAUACUAGCGAUAAAACGAAAAGCGCGCAAACAACAACAACAACAACAAAAAGUACUAAAAAGCUUAAAGCAACAACAAGUGCAGUGUUAAGUGAACAAGUGGAAGCGGAAGCGGAAGAAGAAGAAGCAGCAGCAAAGAAAAGCGAAAUGGCUAUACAGGAGCAUAGAUUAGCGACAGCGCAGGAGCAUAGCAAGCGGCAUAGAAAUCAUAAAAAGCAACAACAACAUAUGCAACAGCAACACAGCGCUUCAGACGCACCAGCGGAACAACACACAGCGUCGGUAGCAAGCUCGCAUUUAGCGACGGCGGAACGCUUGGUCGCCACURCAACGACGCAUCUAGAAGCCGCUGAAAAGUUGGCACAAGAUGCCAGCCGYGCCGCCAACACACCUGCUACAAGGACAAGCGCCGCUAGUGACGCAUCCACAGCGCCGUUUAGCGACGAUAUUGUUGUCGCCAGCGAGGAGGAUGAAGGCGACAGCGAAAGCGAUGUCACAGAACCCGCCACAUACAGUAAUAAGGAGAUUAUCGGUGAUAAAUUGAAACCGGAUCCCUCGACUCUAGUCCAAAUCGAGAAUAGCCUGUUGUCGCUGUUCAAUAUGAAGAGGCCACCAAAAAUUGAUCGUACGAAAAUCAUCAUACCCGAAGCGAUGAAACAAUUGUACGCGCAAAUUAUGGGUCACGAAUUGGAUAUGGAGACUAUACGUAGACCGAGUAUGCUGUCACGUUCGGCGAAUACAGUACGAAGUUUUACACAUAUAGAAAGUAAAAUUGACGAUCGAUUUCCGCAUCAUCAUCGGUUUCGCUUGUACUUCAACGUGAAGAGCAUACCCACCGAGGAGAAGCUGCGCGCUGCCGAUCUGCAGCUAUCACGUGAAGCCAUCAGUGAUGCCGUGCUUAGCGAGCGGCUCGCGAAUCGAACAAGCUACCAAGUGCUCGUCUACGACAUCACGCGGGUGGGUGUGCGCGGCAAACGUGAGCCCAGCUAUAAGCUGUUGGACAAUAAAUUGGUGCAUUUGAAUAGUACAGACACCGUGAGUCUCGACGUGCAGCGUGCGGUGGAUCGGUGGUUGGCGACACCGAAAAAGAAUUACGGGCUGCUGAUCGAAGUGCGAACGCUGCGUACACUCAAACCGGCGCCACAUCAACACGUACGACUGCGACGCAGUGUCGACGAGCCGCACGAUAGUUGGCAACACAAACAACCAGUGCUUUACGCGUACACCGACGAUGGCAAACAUCGUAUGCGUUCGGCGCGUGAUGCAACAACCAGCUCGUCGCGUUCAAAGCGUGCCGGUCAUCAUCGACGGGCGCAUCGUAGGAAAAAUAGUGAUGAGAUAUGUCGACGACAUUCGCUAUAUGUGGAUUUUGCGGAUGUCGGCUGGAGUGAUUGGAUUGUGGCACCGCCGGGCUAUGAUGCAUUCUACUGUCAGGGCAAAUGUCCGUUUCCGCUGGCCGAACAUUUGAAUUCGACAAAUCAUGCGGUCGUGCAAACCUUAGUCAAUAAUCUCAAUCCGGGAAAGGUACCAAAGGCCUGCUGUGUGCCAACACAGUUGGAGGGCAUAUCAAUGCUCUAUCUGAAUGAUCAGAAUACCGUUGUGCUUAAGAACUAUCAGGAUAUGACGGUGGUUGGCUGUGGGUGUCGGUAAUAAGGCGCUAAUGUGAAAGCAACAAGCAAGAAGAAAACAACAAGUUAACAAAACAGCAAUAACAGUAAAAGAAAAUGCAAUGCUCGAAACGACGAAGAAGGCAACAGAAAAGCAACCAGAAUAACUGUUGAUAUUCGCUAAAAACGAAAUCAGAAACGAAUGCAAAAUAAACUAGAAGCCAAACCAAUGUCGUCGAUAGCGUAUUGCGAAUACAUCGACCAAAAAAAGAUGUGUCCGAGAACGACCAGUGUAUGUGUGUGGAUGCGUGGUGUUCKCGUUCGUGUGCGUCGAGUCAUACGCCGACUGACAACUGAAAGCGAAAACGAGACAACACCAACGUGUAUGCGAAUUGGUCAACGUCAAUUCGUUAAUAACACGACGUGUGCGUAAAUGGAACGAGUGUGUGAGAGAGCAAGAGCGCAAAAGUAGUUGACGAUUACCCGCUAUGCUCUUGCCAAAGGACGAAAGGUCAGAGUUCACGCGAGCAGCGGUAAGAACUUCGUUCAUUCUCUGUCUCUCUCUCUUUUGCGCACACACGAGCGCACACGCAUCGGGAGCGCAGACGCGAGAGCAUUAAAUGCUGGGUUUCAAGCCGCUUCACGCUUUAAUAAGUUUAAAUUUUAUUAAACGAAAUGCAAACAAAAUGGACUGAAUAUAUGAAUUUUAAGUAUAUACAUUUUAGACUUUAUUUCUUAAAAUAGAGCAAGUUAAUAAGUGAAACAUUAACAAAGCACAGCGCAAGGCUGAAGUAGUUAACAGACAGUUGCACGCGCGCGCACUACAAACGAAGCACAACACCAAAGCGAUUGUCACAAUUGACAGCCAGGCUGCCAAGACGUUCGACAGUUCGGUGAGAGAGAGCGCGCGCACACAGCGCCGCAGAGCUGCAGACACUUCGUGACCACACGACAAGUAGCCCGGUAGAGACGACGCGCUGCGCGUGAAA